AGACCUAAUCCGGACUCCAAGAAAACAACAUAAAUAACACCCACCCUCUAUAGGGCCGUAUCUCUCUUUCCGCUCAAAACUCAAAGCGAUUGUUUCGGGUCUUCCCUUAAUUCUUGAAGAGCCCUCGUUCUCAAAGCUUCGUCCAAAGUUCUAUCUCUGCUUCUCUUUGCUACUUCCCUUUUUCAAGCUUCAAGUUCCAAAGUUUUUUCUCCCACCUCUACUUUCCUUUCCCUCUCUCUCGACCAUUCUUUUUUUACCAUGCUCUGUUUCUCUGUUUGAUUAGUAGUUGGGUUUCUUUUUCAUGCUCUGUCUCUCUGUUUGAUUGGUUGUUGGGUUUCUUGCAAAAGUAAGAACGUAUGUUUUCCGCUGUUUCACCGGCCGGAAAAUGGCUGGGUUUCGUUACGGCCGUUUGGGUGCAGUCCAUCUCCGGCAACAAUUACACCUUUUCGAAUUACUCUGCUGCUCUGAAAUCUCUCAUGGCUCUCACCCAGCUACAACUCAAUAACCUCUCCGUCGCUAAAGAUGUAGGAAAGGCCUUUGGGCUCCUCGCCGGCUUGGCUUCGGAUCGUCUUCCUACACCUCUCAUCCUUCUCAUCGGUUCUAUCGAAGGACUUGUUGGAUAUGGAUUUCAAUGGCUUGUCGUUAGCCAGCGUAUUCGUCCCCUUCCUUACUGGCAGAUGUGUAUAUUUCUGUGCAUGGGAGGGAACAGCACGACAUGGAUGAACACGGCGAUACUAGUAACCUGCAUGCGAAACUUCCGGAAGAACAGAGGCCCAGUCUCCGGCAUUCUCAAAGGCUAUGUGGGCCUCAGUACUGCGAUUUUCACGGACCUCUGCAGUGCCCUCUUCGCCGACGACCCAUCCAGCUUCCUCCUUAUGCUGGCCAUCAUUCCUGCGGUCGUUUGUUUCACGGCGGUGCUCUUCCUCCGUGAGACCCCACCCACCAUAGGGGCAGCAGCAGAGAAGGAAGAAACAGAGUACUUCAAUGUCAUCAAUGUCAUCGCUGUGGUCAUAGCUGUCUACCUAUUGGUUUAUGACUUCACAGGAGAAAACAGCGGCGUUGUUUCGCUUGUGUUCGCCAUAGGGCUCUUGUUCCUCCUGGCUGCGCCGUUGGGGAUUCCGAUGUACGCUUUUUGGCAGAGCUGGGUCGCAGGAAAGGCGAGUGCCAACUCCAUUGCAGCGGGAGAUGUGGAGCGUCAGAUUCAAGAGCCUUUGCUGGUCCAGCAAGUAGUUCCGGAACAGGAACAGGAGCAGAAGCCGGAGAUUGCGACAACAACGGCACCGCCGUCGGGAGAGGUGGUUGAAUCCGAAACCCGGAAGAGGAAACCGGUGAUCGGAGAGGAUCACACGAUCAUAGAAGCGGUUGGGACGCCGGAUUUCUGGAUACUGUUCGUGUCGUUUCUGUGCGGGGUUGGGACAGGGUUGGCGGUGAUGAACAACAUGGGGCAGAUGGGGCUGGCGCUUGGCUACGCCGACGUCUCCAUCUUCGUAUCCCUCACUAGCAUUUGGGGCUUCUUUGGACGUAUCAUAUCGGGUACUGUGUCCGAGCACUUCAUGAGGAAAGCUGGAACACCAAGACCCCUAUGGAAUGCAGUUUCUCAGAUUCUGAUGGCGGUUGGGUACGUGGUGAUGGCCAUUGGUUUACCAGGAUCACUCUACAUUGGUUCCAGCGUGGUUGGGCUAUGCUACGGGAUUCGUGUCGCUAUCACUGUUCCGAUAGCUUCCAACCUGUUUGGCCUAAAAUAUUAUGUGGCAACCCUUACACCCUCAGGUGCCACCACUUGCAUUGGUGCCCACUGCUACAGGCUUGUGUUCGUGAUCAUGGCUAUUGCUUGUAUUGUUGGGUUUGGGUUGGACGUUCUUUUGUCCAUUAGAACAAAGAAUGUGUAUUCCAAGAUACAAGGGACCAAGAACAGUGGUUCCAAGAAAUCAAACAAAGCUUAG